AGGAGCUGAUGAGCGGGGAGGGACAGCUGAAUCUCUCCGGACCGGACUGCGCGCGGUAACGGUGGUCGAGUUACCACCGGGAGGAUUACGCUUUGGUUCAGAAAAAUAUGGAGUAACGAAAGUGGGGAAAGAGACGAUGUUGCUGACGUAACUGUUCAAGUUGGACCCCAAAGGGAAAGUUACCACCUCAACCGUUUAACACCAAAGGAGGACAAAAAUGCUGUCUUUUACCAGGAAUAAUGGACCGGGUCAACAGAAUGUACAACUUACACAAUCCCCACCAGCUGCUUCUCCGUUUAACCCCAACACAUUUGGGAAUCAGCAAACUGGGAAUGCAAUUGGGUCAAUGUAUGUAAUAGCUGGAGUCAAACCCCAAAACCUCAUGUCUCAACUAUGUCACUAUGGAGCUGACUCUAAUAGACAGCCAUCAAAUUGGCAGACCUCAGCAGUUCAUCAGGCAGUUUAUUUUCAGCAGACUGCCGGAAGUGACAAUUAUCAGCAACGCUCACCUACUAAUGAGCAAAGUAGAAACCCCAUAUUGCAUCAUUUAUUGAUCCACCCAAGUCCACCAGACGUGAUGAUGGCAAAAGAAGUAUGCCCUCAGCAAGUCAAUUCAGCAAAUUGGAACCAAUCAGUGGGAGUUUAUGGGAAACCAUCAAUAACGACACAGAAUGGUAAUAUCGUGACCGAUCGCCAUCAUUGUUGGGAUGAGAAUAGUCUUCUCAACCUAAAUGGGAAAUCAGUUAUACCUGCUUCUGCAACUGCUACCUCGCCUCAACAUGGAGCGGUGGCUUACAAUGGGACAUUGGGGCCUGCUGCUGCACACCAUGGACCGACUGCUCAUAACAGUCCCAAACAAAACCCCACUCAGCAUUGUUUCCACCCAAGUUAUAUGUCUGUCUCUCAGUCUUUCAGAAACGACAACAAAACAACGCACUCCUCCUCUAGUGGACACAACCUACAGGUUUCCAGCACAAGUCGGAUUUUUCAACAAUCCUCAGCACAUAACAAUGGUGGAGAGACCGCCGGUUGCAUUAAUUCAAAUAACAGACAGCAUGAAACUAACUUUUCCGUGUCACAACCAAAUAAUUAUCCCUUAAAUCCUGCUGCACAACAGGAAAUAUGCAGGCGCCAAACUAUCGCAAGAAUUGAAAACUAUCUACGUAUGCCAAUUGCUGCUGGCUCAGAUGGGCGACCUCAAGUGAAUACUAGUUCAGCUUACGGACAAAAUAAAAAUGUGCAACCAGUGACAACGGUUGCCAAAAUAUUUAACGCAAAUGCCACCCACGCCAUACGACAAAAUUCUAGACCUCCUUUGCCUCAAACCACUUGUAGUGUUAUGUCUGCGCAGCAUUGCGGAGAUGUGCUACUUCAGCAAAGCUCUGUGCCAAGUGUCAUCAAUGUCUCAGCGAUGCAAGAUGGAAGCCAUUGUGAAAUGCUAUCAGCCAAGGCAAAUGACCCCUGCGGUCUCUUGUCCCCUGGCCGCACGAGAGUUGUUGCUGUUGUGCAACCAUUGUCACAGGGAAGCUACCAGGUUGCCGGCCGGCAGAGCAGUUCUUGCACCGCCAGUCAGUUGUCGGAGGGCGCCACAGCAGAUGGGUCUUCGAGUUACCCAGAUCGUUUACUCAUUUCACCACAAAACAAGCAUUUGGGGUAUCUGAAAGUGGGACAGUCUCUUCUCCCAGAAAACCCAAACCAAAUGAGCUCCAGCCAAUAUGCAAUCCUGCAUUCAGCGGUAUCCAAUAAUGCUACUUGUCGUCUGUCGUCUUCAGCUGGGCCUCACCACUCGCCGCAAGAACACCACUCGCCGCAAGAACACCACUCGCCGCAAAAACAAUCGCCGCAAAAACAAUCGCCGCAAAAACAAUCUACGGUUGCCGCAGGAUCUGAACUGGAUGUUGACAUGCAAGUACACAAGUGUGUUGCACCAACUGCUCAACCAUCAGUAACUUCCAAAGCGCCAGUGAGCCAAAAUUGUGAUAUGGACUUAAGUGAGACAACAAAUGGCGUUGAGGUUCCCUCAGUCCCCCAAAUCCCAUGGACAAGAGUCACAUUAUCAAAGUACAUACAGGAUUGUGAAAAAGCUCAGAUCAAGUUAAAAGAUUUUGCCACGCGUAGCCCACUACACAAAUUAUUGAGCAUGUUUUGGGAUGGCGACAUUAGCAACUUGGCUUGUGAGCUUAAGAAAGGCCUGUACCAUACUUUAAUGGAUGAUGUCAAGAAAGUGUGCCGCGAACAUGCAACGAUAGAAUCCAUGUCACAAGUUUGGGGCUCAUGGAGUGCAGUCACAGAACUCAAGAACUACAAUGUCCUCAAAGAUACAGAUGUUUAUAAAGAACUGCCUUACAAGUCAUUAUGGUUGAAUGUCAAUGAGCAGCUUGAUGACAUUGACAAAGAGUUUGACUUCCCACCAUCUUUGAAGUAUCAUCUUCAUUCGGUUACGAGUGUCAGUCAGCCGGGUGAGGUUGAGAAAGAAGGCAACAAUUCCGCACAAACCGUAAAUGAAGUGUCCAACAAGAUUUUGUCAUCAACGGAACUUCAGCAGGUGGAGUUAAAUGAAGAAAAACAAGAGCCCAGUGUUGAAACAACUUCCACACAAACUAAAAAAAGGAAAGCCACUGAUUCCAGUGACCCAUACUCUUUUCAAAUCCAAGUUCUUACCCCAGAAGAUGCCAAAGUCAUCUUUGAGCAGGUGAUAAAGGCUCCAGAAAGUAUGGUUGUGGAUAUGGACUAUCAGCCAGAUAAAGUCUUAAAUAGCUCUGUGGAAGUUGAGCUACCUGAUGUUAUCGAUGUAACACAGAGUGACCCAAAACUUGAGGACAAAACAUUCGGUCCAAUUGAAGAAAUUUGCUGCAUCGACAGGUGGAUGGAAAACAUUUUGGGGUCAAACACUGCUUCUAAAUGCAAAUGCCAAAUCAAGCCAACCCUGACCCCAAGUCAGAAAGAACUUACUGCGAAGACCGUUGACAAGGAAGGGAUGGCAGCACGGAAGAAUGAUUCAUUCAGGCCUGACAACAAAUCCCCCUCUGCUGCAGCUGGAGAGAAUCAAGCAGUGAGUGGGGAGAGCGUCAACAAUCGGGUUUUAACAUUUGAUUGGCCUGUGAUAGUUGACGUAUUCAGUGAAAACAUUGACAAUCCUGAAGGCCGUGACAAACCUCAUUCACAUUCUGACCAAGACCCAGAGAACAUUGACCAGAUAAGCAUAGACAGCGGCCAGUCUAGCAUCCUAUUCAUAAGCGAUGACGAAGAGCUGUCAUGCAUUGAAAGUGAAACUCCCAACCAAAUACCAAACUUGGGAAGUAAUUCUGAACACGCGCCGGUGGAAUUGCGAACCAGUGGCCAGUUAAACUGUUCAGACGCAAAAGAGACCGCUAAAAUCUCCAGAAUUUCUAAAAUUCAUUCAGACCUCGAUGAGGAAGGUCUACCAUAUCAGUUGAAACAUACUGGACAUCUACAGUUGUCUACUCUGGUUAAAAGUGACCAAAAAAUUAAAAGUCUAUCCAGCGGUGAAAGUGACUCUUCAAUCCAGAUGACUGACCUCAAGGAAAAUUGUGGACAAGCUCAAGCGCGAUCUACAAAUGACACUGAGUCGUCAUUGGAAACUGAAGAAAUAAAGAGUGCGGCAGGAGCCCGACAGAACCCGCGGAGUGGUAAACUGAAGAGACCACGUGGUCCUGAUAGAUUUUUACCAGCAUCAAAGAAAUCAAAGAAAAGCAAAUCCCUAGUAGAUCUAGAGAACUCACAGCCUUUCCGCAAGGAUGCUUCAAACUGUGGGAAGGUCUUUUUUCAUGCGUCUGAUGGCGAACCUUCCCCCUUCAGCCGUCCAACUGUGGACCUGGUUCUGUUUGGCUCCAGGACACAGGACAAUUGUGUUGUAAUGGAUAGCAGAAGGAACCAUUCCUCGUCUCCAGAGGCUGGGUCAAAUCCUGUACCGAGGCCUCCAAAAUCUCUCACUGUGAAUCUCAGUCCCUUGAAGAAAAAGACCAUUAAAACUGUGCAGACAUGGGAAUGUUCAGUCCAACGGCUUUACAAGAAAUGGAAGAUUAGUUUUCCACCAGCUAAAAUAAAGCACAAAGGCAGGCUAAAAGCACAGAAGGGUACCUUUGCCCCGUCAUCCAAGUGUAAUCUGGAGAGAGCUGAAAAGACCGGCCCUGCUGGCGCUGAACAGCCGCCAGUUUGCUCUAACAAGAGGGUCACGAGAGGGAAAACCAAGCCCAGCCCGAGUCUUCUUUGGAGGAAGUCCCUCUCCGAAGAACUUCAAUGUGAAGAGCAGAUACAGACCCUCAACCGUCCUGAUGAUCAGGAGAGAAAUAACGGCGACAGUGGAAGCCAUGCGGUCAUGCCUCUCCAGAGAAACGGUACCCUGAAGUAUAGUGUCUUACCGGUUUCCUUUAACUUUGGAACCAAUGGGACAAAGGAAACCAAGGAGCCUGUUUCAGGGAAGCCUGAUGUUGCUGAAGGAAAGGACCACAGACCCAAUCAAACUGUCAUUGAAAGAAGUACAUGGUAUCCAAUGGCCCACACGAAUAGUCUAUUUUUCCCUCCCACACCAAAGACCACCAGCCUCUUCCAAACGUUUCAGAAGAAGUACAUGGAGAAGGUGAAGCCACUUGAGGAUAAAUGAGAUGCCAGAACAAAGUUUUGCUGGCAACAGAACUCAAAAGAUUGUUACAGAAGUGAUGUCUUUCUUUUUGUACUGUACGUGACGGAGCCAUUGUAAGUCGAGUCAGUCAGAUGUUUACAUCAGUUUGUACUUAAAAAUGACCUUUGUUUACAUAACUAUAAAGGCUGUCAAGUCCUACGUUUCACUGUUUUACCUCAGUUAUAUAAAUAUAUAUAUAUAUACAUAUUUUUUCUACAUUAUAUUUUUCUGCAAUAUUCUCUUUUUGAACAAAUAUUUUUUUUAUACAAAAGGUGUCUAGAAUAGCAGAUUAUAUGUCUGUUUACACAAGAUAACGGUUAUGUUGGGAGCACUAACGGUGAAUUUAGUACCCAGAAAGGACAUAAUGGUAUUUUUUUUUCUUUUAUAUCAAGUAAAACUAUUGACAGUUACAAAUUCUUAA